AUGAGGGUGACCGUCUUGUCCAGCUGUGACCCGCCACCAGCAGCGCAGGGAAGUGAUGCCAGUAUUGAGAGCAAACACGAAGUCACAAUCUUAGGAGGACUCAAUGAAUUUGUUGUGAAGUUUUACGGACCACAAGGAACACCAUAUGAAGGUGGAGUAUGGAAAGUUAGAGUCGACCUUCCUGAUAAAUACCCUUUCAAAUCCCCGUCUAUAGGAUUCAUGAAUAAAAUUUUCCAUCCCAACAUUGACGAAGCGUCAGGAACUGUAUGUCUAGAUGUAAUCAAUCAAACUUGGACAGCUCUCUACGAUCUCACCAAUAUAUUUGAAUCGUUCCUGCCCCAGCUGCUGGCCUAUCCUAACCCUAUAGAUCCUCUAAAUGGUGACGCUGCAGCCAUGUACCUCCACCGACCAGAAGAGUACAAACAGAAAAUUAAAGAAUACAUUCAGAAAUAUGCAACAGAAGAAGCACUAAAAGAACAGGAAGAAGGCACCGGGGACAGCUCGUCUGAGAGCUCCAUGUCCGACUUCUCUGAAGACGAGGCUCAGGAUAUGGAGUUGUAGUAGAAGAGGCAACCUGCUUUUCAGAGAGACUCUAAUUUCCUAACCAUGAGAAGCAGACUAUAAUAUUCAUAUUUAAACAAAGCAAUUUUUUUUAUUACUAAACAAGGUUUUUAUGAAUAAUAGCAUUGAUAUAUAUAUAUAUCACCCUUUAGAUCUUGAUUUUCUUGGUCAUUUCUCGAACCCGAGGUGCAUAGCAUAUUCCCACAUUCCAUUUUGGUAGCAAUAUGCAGCCCGAAUGCAUGCAUUCAGAUUCCAUUUGGCCAAGUCAACUUGUGUGCUACUGAACUGUCGGCUAAAACAGCUGCCCUGGUAGGUAGGGAGUUAGCAAAGAUGUUUGCUUUCUUAUCGAUGUUUCCAAAGACGCCACCUUGGAUGCUAACGUGGAACAGCGUUUUCACAAAAGUGUAAAAUCUGGGGGAUGAUAUACUAACCGUGGUAGAGCAGACAGUGGAAUAAAAGGUGCUCCUUCAGGUCAACCUUGCUGAUCGUAUUUUACGUGGAGUCACAUUUAAAAAAAGAAAAAAAAAUAAAAAACAAACAGUACAAAUGCAUGGAGCUAUUCAGAGCAUUGAAGCUUAAAAAUUUUGACUUGGAUUUUAAGUCCGUUUUUAUAUGUGGACUCCUGCCUGCCCUUCUGAACUCUAGGGACUGACAACCACUGGUCUAUUUGCUUUUGGGACUUUUGAAAGCCUUCAUCUGGAUGUUAUUCACUUUCUUGGUCUGGAUUACGAGCUGUUCCCUUUCUGGGAGGAA